CUCUCUUUGAAAUCACUUGUUUAUUCUUCAAGCCAUCUGCUCUUUGUUGCCUUUCAUCAUUGUUAAUCCUUUCAACUUCUCCAUGCCAAUGUCAUGACCACUCCUCUGAAUCCACUCGACAUUCCAGAGAUCCUUGCUCGUGUGGGUCUUUACAUUCCGCUUUGGAUCUUUCCUGACCGCACUAGCACUGACUGUAAUGACAGAUCAAGAUUUCGCCCCAGUUUUGCUCCACAAACCUUUUUUAACUGCAUUCUUGUCAACCGGACAUGGCACGAUAUUCUCUUGCCCUUUCUCUGGUUCACGUUCGACGAUAUGGUAUUCCGUGGUUGCACCCCGCUUCUGGCCACCAAUAUCCUCUCACGUCAUGGCAAACAUAUCCGAGUUCUUGAACUCUCUCGUCCUAAUCCUGCGGUUGCCUCUAUCCCUCUGUCAUUACUCCCUCAUAAUCUAUUGCACCUCGACCUUACAGGCCUUGAUAACAGUGCAUGGGCAAAGGCGCUGGUGCUACAAAACACUCGUCUUCAGAGUCUUCAUUGGCAAGGCGGAGAUUUCCACCGUGAUGACUAUGGUUUAUUCGAUGCUUCUGCACUCUCUACGAAAAUGAAUCGUCUUAAUGAUCUUCACCUCGAGUGCUGGAAACUCGAUGGCAGCUUUAUGAGGCUUCUGAGGAAAAACCCAUCACUAAGGAGGAUUGCACUUGACUUUGUCACUGGAGAAAUCUACCCAAUGAGCACAGCUUCCACAUCGCUUGAAAAAUUGGGGCCAAUGGAGGGACAGGAGCCUGGCACUGCUUGUGCCAUAGAGGUGAAUGUGACUGAUACGGAUGAUGACGAUAAUGAAAAGGACGUAAAAUUGCUCCAGUUAACAAGCCUGACAGUCUGCAAGGAUGUUGAAAGUGGGGCAUUGGAGGCAUUAGUCAGGCUUUGCCCAGCUCUCGAAGAGCUUUCAUGGAUGGGAUCCCAUGAUGGGGAUCUAAAACAAUUAACCCUCAAUCUACAAGAGUGUUGUCCUUCUCUCACGGCUCUUACUUAUUCCACAGUUGACAUCUUUCAAGACGAAGCUACCUAUGCCAAACUGAUCGAAAGUAUUCCCCGUCUGGUAGAGCUACAGAUCCGAAUCCCCUCCUUAGGUGAUCUUUUUACAAAAGCCUUGCUGAAGCAUUCUUCGACACUGGAGAUCCUUGAUCUUCGGAUAUUGAGGCAUCAUGCGCUCAGUCAUGGUAGUCUGAAGAGGAUCCUAAUGGGUUGCCCUCAAAUCACAGCACUGUCGAUCGAUGGUGCUCACUUGGACACUCCAGAUCUCUUCUCGUUUAAUUGGGCGUGUUUGCGGUUGAAUCGUUUAUUUCUACUGGGUCUACAUGCCAUGACGCACGGCCCUUUGUCUGCUUUGUCUGAAGAGGAUAACAUCAUCGUGGCAGAGCAGCAUGGUUGGACUGCAAUGGAAGCCGUGCGCAGGCAAUCUGCAGCAGCAGCUCUUGCUGGCACGAGUAGGCAACAUUCAAACCAUAACCAGAGGGAGGAAGUUAAUGAUCAAGAGGGUGACGGCCUUGUAGAAGAUGCGACACUUGCAAUGAAUGUCAUUGGUAUGGGGACCACGGGCAUUCAACAGUAUGGAGGUGGAAGGAUAUUUCCCAAAGUGUCGGCUGACUUCUUACAGAAAUUAUUGAUGCAUCUCCAGACCUUGACUCACCUGAACUCAUUCGUCUUAAAUGGAAUUGAAUAUACGCGGUUAUUAUCUUAUCCUGCUCCAUUACCACCUGCCCUCUGGUAUUCAGAUGAUACUUUUUGCGAUUGA